AUCAAUUUAAUAUUUAGAUCUAGUCGAACCAUUCUAAAGACUAAACUAAAGAUCUGUCUAGAGCUUGUUAUACAGAUCUAUAUAGAGAAUCUAGAUCUAGAAGAAAAUAGUUUGUCUACGUGUGUAAGAAGAGAUAAGCUAUUUCAGAAGCCGGCUAUUUUAUAUAGAUUUAUAAUAAUAUUCUAGAGCUAACUCUAACUCUUUCAUAAUCAUUCAUAAUGAAUGGCACAGCCUUGUCUCGUAAAGUAGCACUUAUCACAGGAAUAACUGGCCAGGAUGGUUCAUAUCUUGCUGAAUUUCUUUUGGAUAAAGGUUAUGAGGUUCAUGGAAUCAUUAGAAGAGCAUCAACAUUUAACACCCACAGAAUUGAACAUCUCUAUGCAGAUCCUAAGGCACACAAAGAAGGGAAUGACGACUCUCAACGUGGUGGUAUGCACCUUCACUAUGGGGACAUGACAGAUAGUACCUGUCUGGUGAAGAUCAUCAGUGAGGUUCAGCCUUCAGAGAUCUACAAUCUAGCCGCACAAAGCCAUGUCAAGGUUUCAUUUGAGCUGGCAGAAUAUACUGCUGAUGUUGAUGCUGUUGGAACAUUGAGGUUACUGGAUGCUAUUAGGACAUGUCAUCUUUCAAACAAGGUGAGAUUUUAUCAAGCUUCAACUAGUGAACUUUAUGGGCUGGUUAGAGAAGUACCACAAUCAGAGACCACACCCUUUUAUCCCAGGUCACCAUAUGGUGUGGCCAAGAUGUAUGCUUACUGGAUUGUUGUCAACUACAGGGAGGCUUACAACAUGUUUGCUGUGAAUGGGAUCUUGUUUAAUCAUGAAAGUCCAAGAAGAGGAGAAACCUUCGUUACACGUAAAAUAACAAGGGCCGUGGCCAAAAUUAUUUUGGGUCAGCAGAAAGAGCUUCAGCUAGGUAACCUAAAUGCCAAGAGAGAUUGGGGUCAUGCAAAAGAUUAUGUCAAGGCCAUGUGGUUGAUGCUACAAGCCGACACUCCAGAAGACUUUGUUGUAGCAACAGGUGAAACUCACAGUGUCAGAGAGUUUGUGGAGAAAGCCUUUGCUGUGGUGGGGAAAACUAUAGUGUGGGAAGGUUCAGGUGUGAAUGAGGUUGGUAAAGACAAAGAUACAGGGGACGUCAUUGUCAGCAUCAAUCCCAAGUUUUACAGACCUACAGAAGUGGAAUUGUUGCUAGGCAACCCAACCAAAGCUCACGAGAAACUAAAAUGGGAGAAAGAAUAUGAUUUUGAUGCUUUAGUGAAAGAAAUGGUGGAAGCUGAUUUAGUACUUAUGAAAAGUAAUCCCAUUGCUUGAGAACAAGACAUGUCAUUAAAUUUUAGAAUUAACUGCUGAUAUUUAAAUCUUUCAUAUUUGCAUUCACUGUUUGAUAUUUGUUCCUGAUCCAUUUACUACAUUGUUCCAUAAAAUUUUAAAGUUCUAUAUUUUAAAUUAAAUUUUCAAUGUUUAUCUUAAGCUUCAGUUUUGUAAUUUAUGCCCAAUAAAUAUUGUUUUUAUCUCACUCAUCCAAUAAUAUAAAGAUUUAUACAAUGUAUUCUAUAAAACAAAAAGGAGUGGGAAGGGUAGAAAUUUUUGAUGAAUGAAAUUAAAAUUAAUGUGAUUCAACUUUCAUACAAAAUAAUGUUUUUAAUGCACAUUAAUAGAGAGGCCAACGACAAUAAUUAUGCAAAUUGUUUCUAUUGUACAAUUUUUUAUAAUUUCUUGUUUUUUUUUUUGUUCACUGAAACCUCUUUGUGAUAAACGUUAAUUUAAUUGCUUCCAAUCUUCAAUGGUUUGACAUCAUUCAAGUUAGUGUUUUAGAUUCAUUGAGUUUGUUUCAAAGGAAAAAACGUUAAAUAUAUCACUUCCUCUUAAAAGAAAUCUUGAAAAAUGCUAUAUCCAUUCAUGCAUUGAAUUACUAAAAUAAUAAUACAAAAGUUUAAGGAUAGUUAUCUCUUGACAAAACAUUUAACUAUCUACACUUUUAAUAUAAAUUGUGUUUCAAUUCAAUAGAAAAGAUCUUGUGCUUAGGGGAAAAAAAAGUCAAAUCCAAUAGAAAUAGUUAUGUCUUGAUAAAUUGAAAUAAAUACACACAAAUUUGUAGAGGUUGUAUUGUAAAAACUCUGAAGAACAAAUUACUAUUUUAUAUUUUUAUUUAAUUUUAAUAAAAUGCAUUUCAACCCACUUCAUUGGUUUAUAAUAUUUUUAUGAGACAAUUUUUUCUUUCAUUACUUUUGGGCUUUAGAUGAGGUUGUGUUGUUUCAUUCCUUGGAAAUGAAAUUUAUAUUUGUUAAAUCUUGUACAUUAUUUCAAAUAAUUGUAAUCUAUUGUUGAAGGGGAUGAACUUAUUUUAAUGAAUCACAUUGGGAAAAGAUGGCUGUGUGGUGUGCACUUUCUACCUGAUUUGUUUUUAAAUGACGCUGAGAAAUGAACAGGGAAGUUAUUGCUGACAUGGAAUCAUUUCUUUUUCAAAUCAUUUUUAUUUUACUUCACUUUUUUUAUUUCUUCCUUUUUUUUUCAUCUAAGCUUUUAUAUUGUUUCUUUUGUUUUUCUUUAGCUUUGUUUUCUCUGUACUAUUUUUUAAAAAUUCCUCUCCUCUUUUUAAAACUAAUAUAUUAAUGUAUUUUUGGUUCAGUUAUUUGUUGAAUCAAAUGCAAGAAUCUCUAUAACCUUAGACACUAAAUUUUAAAUUUAUAUCUUAAUAAUGUAUCACAUAUUUCAUAUAAAUGUGUUUUUAUAUGCUUUUACUAUCUGUUCCUCUUUUCCUUUUUUAUUUUUAAAAUGUGGAUCUAAAUUACUGCAAAUUUCUUUGAAAAAAGUUGCUCAAAAAUUGAGAGGUUUCAAAUAAUAUUAUAAUUGUUUCAUGACAAUUUAUGUGGGACCAUACAACAUGCUUUCAAGAUGUUUCUUAUUAAGUUUAUAAUUUUAGGAAGAUUACAAAAAUUCAGUGUUUUUUUUUAACAUUUCAAUUGAAACAUGACUUUUGCUUGGAAGUAACAGGAUGACUGUUGUCAUUUGUUAGUUUAGUAGACUAUUUGUCUCACUAUACUUGUAGUAACGUUGUUAAUAUAAGGAUUGGGCAAACUAUUUCGUCUGAAGUUCCUUGCAUUAUUGUAUCAUGCAUAACUUUGUUAUCUCUCUCUCCUGACACCAAUAUUCUGCUGCCAGGUUUGCUUAACUGCCAUUGUUUUCCAGUUGUUCAUUUCUACUGCUUAAUAUAGAACAAUUUUUAAAACUGUUUUUGAUUUUUUUUUCAUCAAAUUUUUCUUUUCUUUGCAAAAAUAAAUAACCAACAAAUCUUGUUAGCAUAUUAAAAGAUGAAUGCAUGAUUAGGUAAAGAUAUGUAGGUCAGUGUCUUUGUAGUUGAAUAACGGUUACUCACUUCAUUCAUAGAAUACAUUGAAGGCCUUGGUAUGAAUGAGCGCAAAAGACAUUCUUUAGUUUUACAAUCAUCAUGAGGGUUUCUUGAAUAGACACUAUGCUCUUAUCAGCUGUGGCCAUUUCAUGCUCUGAGCACCUUGUACACUUAGGCUUUUGUAUGAUAUGUACACACUAAAAAUACAAAAAGUUUUAGUGUCAGUGUUAAAUAAUUAUGUUUUUUUUUAUUUCUUGACUGAUACUAUUUAUGUUUAUCUUGUUUUCUUAUAUAAAUAAUGGUUUCAUUUAUCUGGAGCUUUGAUGUAAACUUGAUCUGAUGGAUUGAUUGUGAGAAAAGGGUAUGUUCAAUAUUGGUGCCUCAAUUUCAAUUUGUCUUUUAAUUCACAUUCACCACUAUUCAAAGGCACAAGAUAAUAAUUGCGAAACAAGACAUAUAAAUACUACUAGAUAAUGUUUAAUUUAAAGUCCAAUGUUAUGUCCUAAAUAAUCCACAAAACUUACAUUUAGUUUUUAACAUUUCUAAUUUUGUGUGUGAUAUUGUUCAUGAAUGUUUCAAUAUUAAAAACUGAGGGAAUUUUUUUAAAAGUAA